AUGCUCCCCCUCUUUUCCUCCCCUUCCCCCUCUCGAUCCCCCCCCUUCUCCCGCUCAUUUCCCACCCUUCUCCCUAUCAUUUCUCCAUGUGCUCCCUCUCAUUUCCCCCCUCUCUCCCUCUCUCCUUCUAACCCCUACCUGUACCAUUCCCUUCCAUACCCCAGCCAUACCCAUCCGUCCCCUGUCAUCCCCUGUCAUACCCUUCCAUUCCCUUCCAUACCCUUCCAUACCCUUCCAUUCCCUUCCAUACCCUUCCAUUCCCUUCCAUACCCUUCCAUUCCCUUCCAUACCCUUCCAUUCCCUUCCAUACACUUCCAUUCCCUUCCAUACACUUCCAUUCCCUUCCAUACCCUGCCAUUCCCUUCCAUCCCCUACCAUUCCCUGCCAUACCCUGUCAUUCCCUUCCAUAUCCUUCCAUUCCCUUCCAUUCCCUUCCAUUCCCUUCCAUACCCUUCCAUUCCCUUCCAUACCCUUCCAUUCCCUUCCAUACCCUUCCAUACCCCAGCCAUACCCAUCCAUCCCCUGUCAUACCCUUCCAUUCCCUUCCAUACCCUUCCAUUCCCUUCCAUACCCUUCCAUACCCUUCCAUUCCCUUCCAUACCCUUCCAUUCCCUUCCAUACCCCUCCAUUCCCUUCCAUACCCCUCCAUUCCCUUCCAUACCCUUCCAUUCCCUUCCAUACACUUCCAUUCCCUUCCGUUCCCUGCCAUUCCCUUCCAUUCCCUGCAUUCGUGCACGGGCAUAUGACUAG